AUGGAUCGAACGGCUGAGAUCGACGGCAUCGAGAUCGACUCUGCGUACGAGCUCGAUCGAGCUCUGUGGUACGAGCUCGAUCGAGCUGCUGGUGUACGAGUCGAUCGAGCUGCUGCUCGGUAUAGCUCGAUCGAGCUGCUGUCGUGUAAGUCGAUCGAGCUGUGUCGUCGUGACGAGUCGAUCGAUCUUGUGGGAUCGAUCGAGCUUUUGGGCUCCGUUUUGCCUGCUUUCGCCUUGUUGGUCCAUGUGACCAAAGCUCUCCCUGGAACGUCUUUAGACCUGAAAAGACUCGAUAAAGACUAG